AUGCGCUAUUUCGCAUUGUUUUCGUGUCAGGACGAUUUCGAAAUAACUUUAAAAUACGUAGAAUAGUGCCAUAAAAAUAAAGAAGAUAGUAAAAAUUUAUAUUAUAGAUAAAAUCUUCGUAUUACUUCGCAAAAAUGGCUUGAAAACUGUGAGAUAAUACAGAAAAAUACAAAAAAAGUUUCUUUUUCCGCCUUUCGUAUAAAAAAGAAGCGCAACCUGCACUUUCGGACGCAGCUCGUCUAAUAAAUAAAAUAAAAAUUUGUUCGACAAAAUUUUGUUUUCUUCACAACAUUAGCUGUCCAGAAGAGCUGACCACAAUAAAAAAGGUUUGUAAAGUAUAUUUAUUUUAAAUCUUUGGUUUAAGCCUAAAAUAUCUUUUUAAAGUCUAAUUUCAACGUUUUUCAGGCACCACAUGACCGGUCGAUAAAUAUGGGUACCCCUUUCAAAUCCAAGUUCUUCUGUGUUCCAGCCAAACAUAAAUCAGAAGCCGGAAAGUAUUUUGUCUAUUGGAAGGCGGAUGAAAACGUUUUUGGAAUAACAGAUCUUGAAGGUCAUGUGUAUGAACAAACGCUUGAUAAACGAACACGACAGACGCUAAUGAAGAAUUGUGGUGACGAACUGUUGGACAUUAAAUGGCUGUAAGUUACUUUUGUCUUGUCUGUUUGUGUGAUUUUAGGGUCGAUUUGUCAUGAACGACUAAUAUAUUGUUAAUGUUUGGAGUAAACUUUAUUUAUCCAAGAACUCUGUUAAAAUCUUCAGAAUUCAUGAACUUUUGCACCUAAAUCUGAAGAUCUACGAAGCUUUGGAUUCAAACAUAAAUUAUUUUUUACUCUUUGUACUCUUUUACCUUUUGUAAUUACCUUUUUCCGCAUGUAAAUUGAAAUUUAAUUCAGAGCUGCUUUUAAGAACAAAGCCUUCAAAAUUCAUAAGAUGGACGAUGCCAAAGCAGAGAUUGGGUACUUAAGUGGGAAGUUAUCGAUAGAAAGAAGCAAUGCCGAUCCUAAGGAGAUCGUUUCCAACAUAAUAUUGAAGCUUUUGGAGGAUCGGGAGGAACUUGAGGUAAGUUAAUCUAUUUUUUACUUCAAAAUUUUGUUCUUUGGUUCAGAAUUGGAGUUGAUAGCAUAAAACAAGUUUGAAUUUAAUUUUUUGAACCUAUAAACACUGUUUGUUGCAUUUUACUCCUAAAAUGUUUUACUUUUAUGAUUGUUAAAUUUUGUUGCAGGAAUACGUGAAUACGAUAAAAACCGAAUCUGUGGAUCCGGUGAAACGAUGGAUACGAAAGGCAGUUGUAAGUUGGUUUCUUUACUUUUAUUCUCUUUUGAACUGUAAUGUGGGCUUACGGCUGAAAUUUUAAGCUUAAUAUGAAAUUUUUGAUUAAAAAUCUAUUUUUAGGCUUAAAAAUGAAAUUUAGGCUUAAAAAUUGCUCUUCAUGAAAAAAAACUACUGUAAAAUGACAAGAUCACGGGUUCAUCUGGUACUUUGUUUUAUCAUCGCUAAAGUUGUUAAACGAUUGAUAAAAAGCUGUUUUGUUGACUGACAGCCAAACCGUUUGAUAAAAAUAACGUAAUUGUCCUCUAGAUCGAAGAAAUAUUGAUGAUCGAGUUAAAAAUGACACUUUUCAGACGACAACACAAGAUCCGAUGAAUAAAAACCGUCGGAUACGUUUCCUACCUAACAAACCGUCCGUUUCCACGCCGGAGAAACGUGUGAAAACCGAAGAGAACUCACAAGAAUAG